UAGAAAUUCAUUUAUUGUGUUUGGGUUCUCAAGAUGGUGACUCCCUAUGUAACUGACGAGACCGGCGGCAACUACAUUGCCUCAACACAGAGACCCGAUGGGACACGGCACAAGCAGCUGAGGGUCAAAGAAGGAUACGUGCUCCAAGAAUCCCAGCCUAUGAAAAACAAGUAUGUGAAGUUUUUCAAGAGUAAACCGGAACUUCCCCCAGGGCAGAGCCCUGAUGCCACCACACAGGUCACCCCAUCCAGACCUGACAGUGGUGAAGCAGGCCUCUCCAAGACAGCCAAACGCAACCUGAAGCAGAAGGAGAAGAGGAGGCAGCAGCAGGAGAAAGAUGCAGAGGCCUUGAACAGGACUCUUUUUUUUUUUUUUCUUUUUUUCGGAGCUGGGGACCGAACCCAGAACAGGACUCUUGAUAAGGUGUCUCUGAGAGACUCAGCCCAGACACCCAGUGCUCACCAUGGCCCCCAAGCCACAUCUCUAGCUGCCUUCCAUGCACCCGACUCUGUUGGCACCACAGAGAAAGCCAAGAAGAUCAAGAACCUAAGGAAGAAACUGAUGGUGGAGGAGCUGCAGUAACACCUCCAGACCGGGCAGUUCAGCAGAGAACAGCUGAAGAAGCUGACAUGGCACAAGGUUCUGGAGGAGGAGCUGGAGGACUUGGAGUUGGGCCUGUGAGGCUUCAGGAGUAGGGGAGUGGACUGAAGAACAAACCAUGGGGUUCUCUGGGGUCCAGGGAGCAUGGGCCACAGCA